AUGUUUAGAAUUCCUGGGAUUGCUUCAGAACUUCAAGAAUAUAUCCAUCUGGUGUUACACGCUAGACAAGCUUAUCUGUUGAAAGAAGACUGUUGUGCAUCCUAUACUAGUUUAUCCUGCAUUCUAAGUGAAAACAAGAGAAUAAAAACCAAAUAUCAACAAAGAACCAUGACUGAGAUUUUACUGGAGCAGCUAACAACAUUAGAUUUGACUUCCUUCCCACUCACUCCUCCAUAUCUGUCGAGCGAGUGGGAGAAUAAAACGAAAAUAGAAGAAUGA